UCAUUCUUUUGUAUGUUAAUUUCGUCAUUUCCUUCUCAAAAUUUUCUCAUUUUCUUUCUCUCCAUCUUAAUCCAUCCUUCCUACUUAACAAUCCAGGAAUCUCAUGACCUGAAUUAGGUGCGUAUUUGCAUCUCAAUCUAUCUGAUACUAGUUAGAUUUUCAUUUUUGAUGUAUACUGUUGGAAUUUGGGAUUGGUAGAUCCGGAUCGAGGAGGAAGUGAAUAGCGUCCGAUAGAGAGAGAGAGAGAGAGAGAGAGAGAGAGAGAGUGAAGAUGAGUGAGAGCCAGAGGUUCCAGCUGGGGACUGUUGGGGCUCUGAGUUUAUCAGUUGUAUCGUCGGUUUCGAUUGUGAUAUGCAACAAGGCUCUCAUUAGUACUCUCGGUUUCACUUUUGCCACAACAUUGACGAGCUGGCAUCUUCUGGUCACUUUCUGUUCUCUUCAUGUGGCAUUAUGGAUGAAAUUGUUUGAACACAAGCCUUUUGAUGCGAGAGCUGUAAUGGGAUUUGGCAUAUUAAAUGGGACAUCCAUUGGGCUUUUGAAUCUUAGUUUGGGUUUCAAUUCUGUUGGUUUCUACCAGAUGACGAAAUUGGCAAUCAUCCCAUGUACGGUUCUUCUGGAGACACUUUUCUUUAGGAAGAGAUUCAGCCAGAAUAUCCAGCUUUCACUGGUGAUCCUUCUUGUGGGUGUUGGAAUUGCUACUGUGACUGAUCUUCAACUCAAUGUCCUUGGUUCUGUCUUGUCUCUGCUUGCAGUUGUUACGACGUGCAUUGCUCAAAUUAUGACCAAUACUAUCCAGAAGAAGUUCAAAGUCUCUUCCACCCAACUUCUAUAUCAGUCUUGCCCCUAUCAGGCUUUAACUUUGUUCAUUAUUGGUCCAUUUCUAGAUGGUCUACUGACUGAUCAAAAUGUUUUUGCCUUCAAGUACACCCCUCAAGUUCUGUUCUUCAUAGUUCUAUCCUGCCUGAUAUCUGUCUCCGUGAACUUCAGUACUUUUCUGGUAAUUGGGAAAACAUCACCCGUCACCUAUCAGGUCCUAGGGCAUCUGAAAACAUGCCUAGUUUUGGCCUUUGGUUAUGUUCUACUUCGUGACCCUUUUAGCUGGCGCAACAUUUUGGGGAUCCUUAUUGCAGUAAUUGGGAUGGUACUGUAUUCAUAUUAUUGCACUGUUGAGAAUCAGCAGAAGGCCAGUGAAGCGUCAACAAAAUUGCCUGAGGUCAAGGAAAGUGAAUCUGAUCCUCUGGUUGGUGUGGAAAAUGGAAGUGGAAUUUUAGCCGAUGGUGUCGUUCAAAAAGCUCCUGUAUGGAAUUCAAACAAGGAUCUUCAUGCAUAAACCUCAAAAUUUUAUAAAUUCAUUCACCCUAGAUCAAUAUUGGUAAAUGAAACUGUUUCAGCGAUGAAGAUGUUGCUGGCAAGGUGUCAUCAUAUAUUGAAUAGGGGCAGUGGGGCUAUUCUGAGAUUAUUACUUCUAUUAAUGUUAGACCAAGAGUUGAAGGAAAUUGUCCUUUACAUAGCAUUGUUCCUUUUUUUUUUUUUUUGGUUAUUAGUUUUGUAUGAAUCAGGGAUGUAACGGGAUGAUACCAGAAUUUAUUUGUUAAAUAUAUACUUUGUUCCCAAAUACUAGAAAAAAGAAUUUCAUUACUGUUC